AUGAGCACAAACAGAUUCGUCACAACCAAGAUGUUCUUUGUAAUUCCAGUGCUGUGCCUAAGCUUGGCGACUUUGGGAACCCAAGGUUCUGAACUGCCUUCAGAUUUGAAAGCUACUUUCGAGGAGAUCAACAAGAAACACAACACACAUCUAGAAUGGAAUGAUGCUCUCGCGACCAAGGCACUCGACGAAGCCAACAGGCCACAUAGCGUGGCAGCUUAUCUGAAGAUCAGGGGUGAUAAACAUUUUUCAAAGAAGGAUGACAGAAAUCUAGCACACAAAGUACGUGAGGCUCUCAAGAACCCCUUCGACAGGAUGGGGAAACGAGUCCACCAUCUUCCCGAAGGAACAAUUUAUGGAUGUAACGGCAACUUGGACACAAAUGGAGCCGAUCACAUUUUGUCUGUCGCCUGUGUUUACAACAACCCGAAAAUGAGAACACUGCGUGUCUGA